GGAUGGGAGAUGCAACAAUGGCCUUGAGAACAGCAGGAAGUGUGUUGGUGGUCUUUCUCUGGUCUGUAGCAGUGGUACUUGGUCAGUAUAUCUGGAGUGUGACUUACACCACUCAGAGUAUCUGUGCCUUGAAGGGGUCAGCAGUGGAGCUGUCCUGCUCUUAUACAUAUCCCAGUGGUUAUACAAUCACAACAACCUUCUGGUUCACUAAAAUAUAUGCUGAGGAGAAUUAUGUGAGUCUGAAGGAUGACCCAGACUACAAAGGACGUGUGACGUACCGUGAGGAUGAAGAGAAUGGUCACACCCUGACAAUCACAGACCUGAGAGAGAGUGACUCAGCUACGUACAAAUUCAGAUUUACAGAUCAGACUGGAACAUGGAGAUAUUUUGGCCGUCCUGGAGUCUCUCUGUCUGUUACAGGUCUUCAGGUGAAGGUGACUGGUGGACAUCAGGAUAAGACACUGACCUGUAGCACCACCUGUACUCUGACUGACAACCCCACCUACAUCUGGUACAAGAACGGACACAAAGUAAAGGAGGACACUUCCAGCCUGGACUCAGACUCCUUUAGUGAUGCAGACAGUUACUCCUGUGCUGUAAAAGGCCGUGAGGAUCUCCACUCUCCUGCAGUGUGUGAGUGUUGA